AUGAAGCUGAUUGGUGAUUUGAAGAAGGACUUAGCAAAGUCCUUUGAUAUGAAGGAUCUCAGCCCUGCGAAACCGAAAAUCCAAGAGGUUGUGGUUAUCGCAAGAACGGAAAGGUACGAUAUCCAUUGUGAUAGUCAGAGCGCAUUGGAUUUGAGUAAGAAUGCGAUGUACCACUCUCGCACGAAGCACAUUGAUGUCAGAUAUCAUUGGCUACGUCAAGCAGUGGAAGAACAACAGUUCAAGUUGGAAAAGAUUCACACUGACGAAAACCCUGCUGACAUGAUGACGAAAGUUGUAACAGGAGAAAAGCUUCAACUUUGUGUCGAGUUGAUCGGCAUGGAAUGCAUGUAA